AUGGCUACCACGAGCGAGUCUCCAAUUCUUCCCCCCUCCGCCCCAGACAAAGCAACCCCAGGGCAUUCCAAUCCACCACCGCCUGAAACCGUCCAGCAAUGCCUCACGCUUCUCUCCCGCCGCGACGACACCAGCCGCUUCGUCGGCCUCGCUCUCCUCUCCUCACUCCUCUCCCACAUCACUGACCGCACCCUGCUGCUCCAAUGCUGGGCUGCCCUACCACCAACAUUCCUCGACCGCCUCCUCCGCGCCGGAAAGAGUGGGAAAAAGACCCCCGAGGAAGCCCGCGAUAUGGUCGAGCUCGCUGUCAGCGUAAUUGGCGCUUUUGCGACUGUCAUGAAUACCGAUGAGUACGACGAUGCGCUGCUAGGGAGGGCGCUGGGACUGAUAAAGGCACUGGAAGGGAGCGCGGCUGUUACGAAGGCUUCAAUUCUUAAGACCCUGCUGGCGUUUGCGGGGGUGGGCCGCGGCGCGGAUGUGCUACUGGGCAUUGAGACCGGGGAGCUCAUGAAGCUUGUGGAUACGGCGGCGGAGAUGGAGAUGGCAACGCAGGUGCUGGUGUAUGCGUUUGUGAAUGCGGAUCAAGAAGUAGCGAGAGCUGCGCUCGCCCGUUUUCUGCCGGAGCUGUGUGGGAGGAUUAAGGGCAUGCAGGGGGAGCUGCAGGCACGGGUGUUGAAGUUCCUGGCAGAGCUGCUGACGAGAAUGCCGUCGGAGCAAUUACCGGACGAGACAGCGUGGGUGUCGACUCUCUACGACACGCUCCUGAGUCUGCUAGGCGCCAGACACACUUCUGCGAUCCGGCAUUCGGGGAUCAUCAUUGCCGCCGCGCUCCUACACCGAUACCCGCCCGCACUGCUGUUCAACCCCGCGAACCCCACCGCACCCAAAGACCCCGACGCAAAGCCACCGCUCCACCACUUCCUUCAGCUCACCCUCAUCACUCUCCGCGCCUCAUUCCCCUCCCUCCUCGAGUCACUAAACACACCGACCUACGCCGCCACCUCCCAGACCCUCGCCGCCGCAUACGACAUCACCGCCGCCCUCCUCAACCACCUCAUCACCACCCCCGACGACGACGAUGACGACUCUGCCGCCAUCACAAGCACAGCCCUCUCCCCCACAACCCUCCUCCAACUCCGCACCGAUCUCUCCGAGACCUUCUCCCUCACGCUCGAGCACCUCCGCGACCGCUGGGACGCCGCCUUCGCCGGCGCCUCCGGCCUCGAACUCGACCUCGAGCCCGGCCACGGCGAGCCCGGCGUGCCCCUAACACUAACCUGGGACCACGCCACCCCCGGCGGUCUCCUCCGCGACCCCAUCAUCAUGGCGUCCGUGCGCGCGCUCGCGCUGUGGCUCCGCGAGGACGAGAGCCUGCGCGUCGAGGCCGGAGGCCUCAUGGAUUUCUGGCUGGGGCUGUGGGCGCGCGGCGCGGAGGCGGGCGUCGACUACCGCGUGUGGGUCGUGGCCGCGCUGGAGGGCGUGCUGGAGGAGGAGCAUGGGCGCGCGCAGUUCGAGCAGUAUGGCGGGUGGGGGACGGUCUUUGGGGAUCUGAAGAGGAUCUAUAACGCCCCUGGCGGGGCGGAUGAGGAUGAGUUGCGGCUGGGCAUUGCGGAGGCACGGUUGCUGGCGGAGGUGGUGGCGCUGAGGGGGGAGGCGGGGGAGGGGAUGGUGAAGGAUGCGGUGGGGCUGGCGGGGAUUAAGGGGACGAGGGGGCUGCGGUUGGAGCUGGAUGCGGAGGUGUUGAGGCUCGCCAGUGCGUGUGUGGUGAAUGUGCACCGGGGCGUGAGGAAGCGGUUGGCGGGCGAGGUGGCAAAGGUGAAGGAGGUGGCGAGGAGGUUGGUGCUGGAUUUGUAUGAGAGGGGGGCGGCGGAGGAGGAGAGUGAGGUGAUGGGGUUGGUAGCGGAGGUGGCGGGGGAGAUGGAGGGGUUGUAG